AUGAGUGAUAUACAGAAGGCAUUACUCAAGAGAAUAAAACAGCAAGAGCAGGCCAUGGGUCUCUCACUGUUGUCAGAAGAAGCAGAUUUUGAAGAAAUCGAUGAGGAAGAUACACCCGCUCAUGAAGAUGCAAUUGAGGAUUCUUUCAUAAUAAAGAAGUUUACAGAAUUCAAAACCAACUUCUUUGAUGUCAUAGAAAGCUACGAUCAUGAAUCAUUGAUAUCCCAGACGUAUUUCAAACGUCCUCUGUCGAAAGAAUCCCAAAUAUUUGUUUUGAUCCAUGGUGCUGGUUCAUCAUCGAUGACAUUUGCAAAAUUAGCAACAGAAUUACAUAAACUAGAUAAAAGUGUUGGAAUAUUCAUUUAUGAUUUAAGAGGUCAUGGUUAUUCAUCACCAUCAAACGAUUUCUCAAUUGAUUCUUUAGUUGAUGAUCUCCAUAGUGUGUUAACAGAAUUCGUCAACAAGCAUAAUCUACAAUCUAAUUCGUUAUAUAUUGUUGGGCAUUCUUUAGGAGGUGCUGUCAUGGCUAAGUUUUUGAGCCAAGAAAGGAAAGACUUGAACGUGAGAGGUGAAGUGAUUUUAGAUAUAGUUGAAGAAACUGCUGUUAAAUCAUUAAUUGCCAUGCCACAUUUUAUUGAAAAGAGACCUAAAGUAUUUCAAUCGAUUUCUAAAGCAAUUGAAUGGCAUAUGAAUUAUUUAUUAUUCAGUAGAGAGUCCGCAAAUUUAAGUAUACCUGAUUUGUUGAAUCCUGAUUUAACAUGGAAGACGGAUUUAGCAUUGACUCAACCAGCUUGGGAAGGGUGGUUUGUGGGUUUAUCUAAAAACUUUCUUUCUUUUAAGGGUCCAAAGUUAUUAAUAUUAUCAGCACAUGAAACUCUUGAUAAGAAUUUAAUUAUUGGUCAAAUGCAAGGUAAAUAUCAAUUGGUUGUCUUUCAAAAUAAUACUGGUCAUUUCAUUCAUGAGGAUUUACCUACUCAUGUAGCGCAUAGUUUAUUAGAUUUUGUGAAAAGAAAUGAAAAUCCUGAUAAGUUUAUGAAAGAUGAAUUAGGUAUAGUUCCUAAAUGGGGUGGUAAAAUAAACAAAUGA